GCGCACGUCUCUCUGGGACUUGUAGUCCUCAGGCCUCCCAGGUCUCGGGCAUGCGCUCCAGCGUUCUCGUCCUUCGAAUCACAGGACUCCCCUUGGCGGCAGAGAGUGAACUAGUGAAGUGGGGCAGGGGCUGGUGGUGCCAGUGGCCGGCCGCCGUGAUCACCCCUGCGAGAAAACGAAGGGCCCAGACACGCGAAUCCCUGCGGGGGAGGCCAUCACAGCGCUGUAUAUAUAUGACCUUUGGCCACUCCCACCUCUUGAUCCCCUGCCCCCCAAGGCCCCUAGGAAGAACCAUCUGGCUCCCCCUCCCUUCUAGCCCAUAAGGCUGGCUGGCCUUAAUCCUGGCAUCCCAGCGAGAGGGAAGAGGAUGGAGGGAGCCGAAAGCGGGUUAGACAUAAUUCAAAGGCUCUCGGGCCCCGGCCCUGAGUGGGGUCUGGCUACUGGACCCCCUCCAGGGGGAGGAGGCCAAGUCGGGAUGCCAGCAGGGCGAAGGAAGGCUCCUCCCAGCAAACAUAAGGCCCCAGGGCCUGGGGGGAUCCAGCGAUCCCCCAGGGCCCUCUUCUGCCUAAGCCUUACCAACCCAGUGAGGAGAUUCUGCAUCACCAUCGUGGAAUGGAAGCCAUUUGACAUCCUCAUCCUUAUGACCAUCUUUGCCAACUGUGUGGCCCUUGGGGUCUAUGUCCCCUUCCCAGAGGAUGACUCCAAUGCAGGCAACCACAACCUGGAGCAGGUGGAGUAUGCAUUCUUGGUGAUCUUCACUGUGGAGACCGCGCUAAAGAUCGUGGCCUAUGGCCUUGUGCUGCACCCCAAUGCCUACAUCCGCAAUGGCUGGAACCUGCUGGACUUCAUCAUUGUGGUUGUAGGGCUCUUCAGUGUUCUCCUGGAGCAGGGCCCUCCUCGUCCGGGGGAUGUUUCCCACACAGCAGGGAAGCCCGGAGGCUUUGAUGUGAAAGCCCUGAGGGCAUUCAGAGUGCUUCGGCCCCUCCGGCUGGUAUCUGGGGUCCCCAGCCUGCAUAUAGUGCUCAACUCCAUUCUGAAGGCCCUGGUUCCACUGCUGCACAUUGCGCUUCUGGUGCUCUUUGUCAUCAUGAUCUAUGCAGUGAUAGGCCUUGAACUCUUCCUGGGCCGCAUGCAUAAGACCUGUUUCAUCCGGGGCUCAGACUUGGAGGCUGAGGAGGAUCCAUCCCCCUGCGCCAUGCCGGGCUCCUCUGGCCGACAGUGUCUUGCCAACCACACCGAGUGCCGAGGCCGCUGGGCGGGGCCCAACGGAGGCAUCACCAACUUUGACAACUUCUUCUUUGCCAUGCUGACUGUCUUCCAGUGUGUCACCAUGGAGGGCUGGACUGAUGUUCUGUACUGGAUGCAAGAUGCCAUGGGGUAUGAGCUUCCCUGGCUCUACUUUGUCAGCUUGGUCAUCUUUGGCUCCUUCUUCGUCCUCAACCUUGUACUGGGCGUCCUGAGUGGGGAAUUCUCCAAGGAACGAGAGAAGGCCAAGGCCCGGGGAGACUUUCAGAAACUUCGGGAGAAGCAGCAGAUGGAGGAAGACCUUCGAGGCUACCUGGAGUGGCUCACCCAGGCUGAAGAACUGGGCUUCAGAGACCAGGAGGGGGAGACUGAGGCAGAGGCUGAGGAGGAAGGAGUGGCCACUGGAAGGCUGCAGCAACGAGUGACCCUGUCUGAGACAAUCCACAAGAAGCGAAGCCGACUACGGUGGUUCAGUCACUCGACUAGCAGCCAUGGUAUGGGUUCAUAUUCUCCCCCUCCCCCUCUGCUUCCAGCUAGUGAAACAGGUUCAAUGAGUGCAGAGACUGGGGCUGAGGAAGAUGAAGAGGCAGGGAAUGCCUGUAGCAGAAACCUGGCCAAGAUCAUGAAGACCAGGCUGUGCCGCAGGGUGCGAAGGGCCAACAGGGUGCUCAGGACCCACUGCCGCCAUGCCGUGAAAUCUGUGGCCUGUUAUUGGACUGUUCUGCUUCUGGUCUUUCUGAAUACACUGACCAUCGCUUCUGAGCACCACGGACAGCCGGUCUGGCUCACACAAAUCCAGGAAUAUGCAAACAAGGUCCUGCUCUGCUUAUUCACUGUGGAGAUGCUUCUGAAACUUUAUGGCCUUGGCCCAGCCGCCUACGCAGCCUCCUUCUUCAACCGCUUCGACUGCUUUGUGGUGUGUGGAGGCAUCCUAGAGACAGCCCUGGUGGAGGCUGGGGCCAUGCAGUCACUGGGGAUCUCGGUGCUGCGCUGUGUUCGCCUCUUGAGGAUCUUCAAGGUGACCAGGCACUGGGCAUCCCUCAGCAACCUGGUGGCCUCACUUCUCAACUCCAUGAAGUCAAUUGCAUCCUUGCUUCUGCUCCUCUUCCUCUUCCUUAUCAUCUUCUCCCUCCUGGGGAUGCAGCUCUUUGGGGGGAAAUUCAACUUUGAUCAGACCCACACCAAACGGAGCACCUUUGACACCUUCCCCCAAGCCCUGCUCACUGUCUUCCAGAUCCUCACUGGUGAAGACUGGAAUGUGGUCAUGUAUGAUGGGAUCCUAGCCUAUGGGGGGCCCUUCUUCCCUGGAAUGUUGGUCUGCAUCUAUUUCAUCAUCCUCUUUAUCUGCGGCAAUUACAUCCUACUGAAUGUCUUCCUUGCCAUUGCUGUGGACAACCUGGCAGGGGGAGAUGCCAGAACCUCCAAGGGCCGGGGAAAGGAGAAGAAUGCUGAGCAUGGAACCAGCCCCCAAGACAACGGAGUGCUGGUGCCCUGUGGAGAGGACGAGGAAGGCAAGAGCAAGAGCAGAGUGAAGCUGGAGGUAAUAGAGAACAGGCUUGGAAAGUGUCUCAAGAGAUGGGGGGAAGCUUCCCCCCUCUGGGUUCCCAGAUACUUCACCUUGCAAUCUCAGUUUCCUCAACCCAUAAAAGGAGUUUGGUUAGAUGAUCUAAAUGCUUAUUCAUUCCCUCCUCAUGCUAACCUUGCUUUCCUUCCUGGGCCAGGUUCGGGGGAGGAGGAAGAGGAGGAUGACCAGGAAGGAAUUAGGCUAGAACGCCUACAGGAAGUGGUACCCAAAGAGAAAGUGGUGCCCAUCCCUGAGGGCAGUGCCUUCUUCUGCCUCAGUCACACAAACCCGCUUCGGGUUAGCUGUCAUGCUCUCAUCCACCACCGCAUCUUCACUAACCUCAUCCUGGUAUUCAUCAUCCUGAGUAGUGUCUCCCUGGCUGCUGAGGACCCCAUCCGGGCUCACUCCUUCCGAAACCACGUCCUUGGUUAUUUUGAUUACGCUUUCACCUCCAUCUUCACUGUUGAGAUCCUGCUCAAGAUGACUGCUUUUGGGGCCUUCCUACACCGAGGCUCCUUCUGCCGAAACUGGUUUAAUCUGCUGGACUUGCUGGUGGUCAGUGUAUCGCUCAUCUCCUUUGGCAUCCAUUCCAGCGCCAUCUCCGUGGUCAAGAUCCUCCGUGUGCUGCGGGUGCUCCGGCCCCUGAGGGCCAUCAAUCGAGCCAAGGGCCUCAAGCAUGUGGUCCAAUGUGUUUUCGUGGCCAUCCGCACCAUCGGCAACAUCCUGAUUGUGACCAGCCUGCUCCAGUUUAUGUUCGCCUGCAUUGGGGUCCAGCUUUUCAAGGGGAAACUCUACAGCUGCACGGAUGAAGCCAAACACACACCGACAGAGUGCAAAGGCACCUUCCUCGUGUACCCUGAUGGAGAUGUGGCCCAUCCUGUCAUGAGGCAGCGUGUGUGGCAGAAUAGUGACUUCAACUUCGACAACGUUCUGGCGGCCAUGAUGGCGCUGUUCACCGUCUCCACCUUUGAAGGCUGGCCUUCGCUGCUCUAUAAGGCAAUUGAUGCCCAUGCAGAGGACCAGGGCCCCAUCUACAACUACCGGCUGGAAAUCUCCAUCUUCUUCAUCGUCUAUAUCAUCAUCAUCGCCUUCUUCAUGAUGAACAUCUUUGUGGGUUUUGUCAUCAUCACCUUCCGAGCCCAGGGCGAGCAAGAGUACAAGAACUGUGAACUCGACAAGAACCAGCGCCAGUGUGUGGAAUAUGCCCUGAAAGCGCGGCCUCUUCGACGCUACAUUCCCAGGAACAGGCAUCAACACCAAGUCUGGGCAACUGUCAACUCCCCAACUUUUGAGUACCUCAUGUUCCUGCUCAUCCUGCUUAACACUAUUGCCCUGGCUAUGCAGCACUAUGAACAGACAGCUCCCUUCAGUUACACGAUGGAUGUCCUCAACAUGGUUUUCACAGGCCUGUUCACUGUGGAGAUGCUGCUCAAGGUCAUUGCCUUCAAGCCCAAGCAUUACUUCUGUGAUGCCUGGAAUACUUUCGAUGCCCUGAUCGUGGUGGGCAGUGUGGUGGACAUCGCAGUCACUGAGGUCAAUAAUGGAGGACUCCUUGGUGAGAGCUCUGAGGAUAGCUCCCGGAUCUCCAUCACCUUCUUUCGCCUCUUCCGUGUCAUGAGGCUAGUCAAGCUUCUCAGUAAGGGGGAAGGGAUCCGUACACUCCUGUGGACUUUUAUCAAGUCUUUCCAGGCUCUCCCCUACGUCGCCCUGCUGAUUGCCAUGAUCUUCUUCAUCUAUGCUGUCAUUGGCAUGCAGAUGUUCGGGAAGGUGGCCCUCCAGGACGCAACUCAGAUUAACCGGAACAACAACUUCCAGACCUUCCCCCAGGCCGUGCUCCUCCUCUUCCGGUGUGCCACAGGAGAGGCAUGGCAAGAGAUCAUGCUGGCCAGCCUGCCUGGGAAGCGCUGUGACCCUGAGUCAGACAUUGGACCUGGCGAAGAGUUCACCUGUGGAAGCAGUUUCGCCAUUGUCUAUUUCAUCAGCUUUUUCAUGCUCUGUGCAUUCCUGAUCAUCAAUUUAUUUGUGGCUGUCAUAAUGGACAACUUUGACUACCUGACACGGGACUGGUCCAUCCUCGGCCCCCACCACCUGGACGAGUUCAAGAGGGUCUGGUCUGAGUACGACCCUGGAGCCAAGGGCCACAUCAAACAUUUGGACGUAGUGGCCUUGCUCCGGCGCAUCCAGCCUCCUUUGGGGUUUGGGAAGCUCUGUCCUCACCGUGUGGCCUGCAAGCGGCUGGUGGCCAUGAACAUGCCCUUGAAUGCUGAUGGGACGGUAACAUUCAAUGCCACCCUCUUUGCCCUGGUCCGGACAUCUCUGAGGAUUAAGACUGAGGGGAACCUGGAGAGGGCCAAUCAGGAACUGCGAGUUGUCAUUAGGAAGAUCUGGAAGCACACCAAGCCCAGACUCCUGGACGAGCUCAUCCCACCUCCUGAUGAGGAGGAAGUAACUGUUGGGAAGUUUUAUGCCACGUUCUUGAUCCAGGAUUAUUUCCGAAAGUUCCGGCGUCGGAAAGAGAAGGGUCUGCUGGGGGCUGAGGACUUGCCAAGCAACUCAUCUGCCCUACGGGCUGGGCUGAAGACCCUGCAGGAUCUGGGCCCAGAAAUCCGCCAGGCCCUUACAUGUGACCUGGAAGAAGAAGGAGACAAUGCUGACCUCACAGAGGAGACCGACAGGUGCCCACAGGAUGCCCUGGACCCUCUGUCACCAUCCCACCAUGACUCCACUGCUUCUGUGUCUGUGACUGUGGCCACCGAGGAGGAUCCAGAAGUGGUGAGAAGACCUCUGCCUGGAGCCCAUUCUCACAGGAUGUCUCCUUCCUCUGUUACCAGCGCUUUCCCCAUGCCAGAAGAGCUGCCCUCAGGACCUAAGGGCUUGGCAGAACAGGAGGAAGAAGAGGACCACUCUCCCAGUCAGGAAAGACAACCCCAUGUAAAUGAGCUCAUCUGGAGGUCCCAUCACAUCCUCCUCCCACCACCACCACCUCCUCCUCCUCGGGAACCCUCUGAACAACUGGGGAGGCGGCUGGGCCCACCCCCCCGCCGCAGGCGCCUACUGCCCCCAACACCUGCCACCCGGAAGCCCUCUUUCACCAUCCAGUGUAUGCAACGCCAGGGGAGCUGCGAUGACUUCCCAAUUCCUGGAACCUAUCAGCGUGGGGGAUCUUCUGGCAGCCGCCAGGCACAGGGUUCGUGGGCCACACCUCCUCAGCAGGGCCAUGUGCUCUAUGCACCCCUACUACUGGUGGAGGAGGGCAGGCUCCAGGGAGGUCACAUUGACGUGGAGUCCCGGGGCCCACUGCGCACCUAUGCCCGCCUGCAUGUGCCCAGCACCCACUUACCACCUAGCCCAGGGAAAAGGGGCAGCGCUGACAGCCUGGUGGAAGCUGUGCUGAUCUCCGAGGGCCUGGGCCUCUUUGCCCGUGACCCUCGCUUUGUGGCUCUGGCAAAGCAGGAGAUUGCUGAUGCCUGCCGGCUGACCCUGGAUGAGAUGGACAGUGCUGCCUGUGACCUGCUAGCCCUGGGGGCCGCCAGGCCCUCCCCUGCCCAGACCCAAAUAUGGGGUCCCAUGGGUAGUGAUGAAGAUGAGGAGAUCCUCAGGGCCCCAGAGGUCGAAGAGGAAGAACUAGCGGAUGAGAUGGCUUGUGUCCCAGCCCCUUAGGGGCUUCCUCUUUCUAGGUCCCAAGAUCCCUGGAGAAGCCUCAAUAGGCCAUCUCCUCUGUCUUUCCUGGAGGUGAGCAAGAGGCAGAGAAGCAUAGUGGAGACAGAGAGAGGGAGAGACAGAAACUGAGCUAUAGAGAUUCAUAAAGGACUAGAGCUGGAGAUCCCCAGAGUAUAUGAAGAGUGCCCUGGCAGAGUCCCUAGCCCUUAGCAUGGACCUCUGCACUCAGCACUUAAGGAUGGUCUGUGAGAGAUCCCCAGAGACCCUGAAAACCCUUGAGAAACCCAAGAGAUCAAAAGCCCUCUGGUACUCCAAGAGCUGAGUCUGCCAAAUUAAGAAAAAAAGGUGACUAUUAGACUGCAUUUUAGGUGCAAGUCUGCCAGAGACAAUUUGAUUUCAUCGAGCAUUCAUUUACUAUCCAAGAGGGAGGAUUCUGGGAAGAUGGCAGAAUAGGUCAGAAAACUUUCGGUCCUCCAAAUUUCUUCCACAAAAAAAGA